CCGGAUUUAAGUGUCAUAUGACCGUGUAAAACUAGACUGUAGAGUUGUACUGUAUUUUACAUAAUUUUUUUAAUCAGUUUAACAAUGGCUACAAUGGUGGGAAGCAGACCCAUUGACACCCUGAAUGGACCUGAAGCUGCUGCUAGACAACAUGCCCAGUCUGUGACCAGAAACUACAUAUCGCAGCCCAGGCUGACCUACUCUACUGUGUCUGGAGUAAAUGGACCCCUUGUGAUUUUGGAUAAUGUCAAGUUCCCCAGAUUUGCAGAGAUUGUGCAUUUGACCCUGCCUGAUGGCACAAAAAGAAGUGGCCAGGUGCUGGAAGUUAUGGGCUCAAAGGCUGUCGUUCAGGUAUUUGAAGGCACUUCAGGAAUCGAUGCAAAGAAAACAGCUUGCGAGUUCACAGGUGACAUCCUGCGCACACCUGUGUCUGAGGACAUGCUAGGGCGUGUUUUCAAUGGCUCAGGGAAACCUAUUGACAGGGGGCCAAGUGUGUUAGCAGAGGAGUACCUGGAUAUUAUGGGUCAGCCAAUCAACCCGCAGUGCCGAAUCUACCCAGAGGAGAUGAUUCAGACGGGCAUCUCAGCCAUCGAUGGCAUGAAUAGCAUUGCUAGAGGCCAGAAGAUCCCCAUAUUCUCAGCAGCAGGUUUGCCCCACAAUGAGAUUGCUGCACAGAUAUGUCGUCAGGCUGGCCUUGUUCAGAAAUCCAAAGAUGUGAUGGAUUAUAGUGCGGACAACUUUGCCAUCGUGUUUGCGGCUAUGGGAGUAAACAUGGAGACCGCCCGCUUCUUCAAGUCAGACUUUGAGGAGAAUGGCUCCAUGGACAAUGUCUGCCUCUUCUUAAAUCUGGCAAAUGAUCCUACGAUUGAGCGCAUUAUCACCCCUCGUCUUGCUUUAACUACAGCAGAAUACUUGGCCUACCAAUGCGAAAAGCAUGUACUGGUUAUUCUGACAGACAUGAGCUCCUAUGCAGAAGCUUUAAGAGAGGUUUCAGCAGCCCGUGAGGAGGUGCCUGGUCGAAGAGGCUUCCCAGGUUACAUGUACACCGACCUGGCCACAAUCUACGAGCGUGCUGGGAGAAUUGAGGGCAGAAAUGGCUCCAUCACACAGAUCCCAAUCCUUACAAUGCCCAACGAUGAUAUUACCCAUCCUAUUCCUGACUUGACGGGUUAUAUCACUGAAGGACAGGUCUAUGUUGACAGACAGCUGCACAAUAGACAGAUAUACCCUCCUAUCAAUGUGUUGCCUUCUCUGUCUCGACUGAUGAAAUCAGCUAUUGGAGAAGGGAUGACACGCAAAGACCACGCUGAUGUCUCCAACCAACUGUACGCCUGCUAUGCUAUUGGCAAGGAUGUCCAGGCCAUGAAGGCUGUAGUGGGAGAGGAAGCCCUGACUUCAGAUGAUCUGCUGUAUCUGGAAUUUCUGCAGAAGUUUGAGAAGAACUUCAUUGCUCAGGGUCCGUAUGAUAACAGAACAGUGUUCGAAACUUUAGAUAUUGGGUGGCAGUUGCUCCGAAUCUUCCCCAAGGAGAUGCUGAAGAGAAUCCCACAGUCUACCUUGGCAGAGUUCUACCCCAGGGAGUCUGCUGCUAGGCAUUGAGAAGGCCCAAGAUCUUCAAUAGAGCAUAUAGCAAUAACCUUACCUGUUUCAUUUUAAAUGUAUUGUCAUUGUCCUUGUUAAAAACAAUGUACUGUCAUUGUCCUUGUUAAAAAUAAAUGGCUGUAGUAAAUUUCUGAAUAACUUUCAAAUAAAUGUCUGGAUUAUUUGCAUACUUUUAAGUAUCUAGAGGUAAAUCUGAAAUAUGAAGUUAUGUUCGAAACCAGAAGACAAUCCUGACAGGGUAAAAAAUGAAUGUGGUUUUAUGUCUUGUUUUAUUCCUAUUGAAAAAUCUGUUCUGAUGUCACCCUCUUGGUUUACAAUUAGGUAGAUUGGAUGCAAUGAUUUUGAAGCAAAGCAAAGAUUCAUUCCUCCUCUGAUGAAACAUGUUGCUUUAAUGUGUUGCUCUCUUAAAUAAUGUGUGCAUGUUUUUCACAAAACCCGACAUGCAACAAGGCCAUUCCAGGUCUGUAUUAUAAAAAGCGCUGAGUGUUUUCUCUUCAACCAGGUGUGCUGUAUUUGAUUUACUUGUAUGCAGGGAGUGUUUGCCUUUAGUGAGUGCAGGUAUUUUGGCAUCUAUGCAAGGCAGAAUUGAUUUUUAAUUAGACUUUUUGUCUUCUUUGGAUCUUUCCUGCCUGAAUGGGGCCUUCUUUUGCUGUUCACUUGUGCUUUUGACCAUUUUAUCAAAAACUUUCUUAUUUCAGAAUACUUUUUGUUUACAUGAGCCCAAUCAAAACAUGAUAAAAAACAAUAUAAAAAAAUGUCAAAACAUACAUCAUAUAAAACAUAAUAAAAAGCCCAGUUAAGACUAUGUUGAAGCCAGGAUUAACAUUGAGGAAUAGGCAAUGCUUGAUUCAUGCAAAUAGCAGAAAUUCAAUAGUUUUCUAUUAAAUACUAUGCUAUUAAAUAAUGUGUUUAAAAAAACAUACAGUUGUAAUUAACUGAAUGUUCUGCAAAUUGAUUAGCAUAUACAAAAACUGUAUUUUUAACAAGCUUGAAGACAGGAUGAAAUGCAUUUGAUGCCUAUUUCUGUUGACACCACUGCUAGUUGUAUUCCUAGCUGUGAAUUUAUAUUUAGUCUGAUUCAUGAUGACAAUCUUUAUUUUGUCCUUUGGCUUCUGUUGUGACUGGAAACAAUUGUGUGAUCAAUCUAGAUUAAAUUAAAUUAUGUUUACAAUAACUGCACUGUAUGUGAUGUGUACUGUGAACAAUAUACUUCCUAUUGUGUUUUGUUCUGUGUUUGACUACCAAUAAAAUUCUUAGAAUAUUUCUCCAA